GCGACGUCGAAGAGCCCGCUAGCCCGCUCGACUCGCAGAGCCCCCCGCCCCCCUCUCACCUCGCAGGACCAUCAUAAUGUCGGAUUACGGGGCCCCGCCGACGAUUCCCAGCAGCUUGCAGGUGUACAACUCAUACCAGGAGGACCCGAAAUGGCAGAAGAAAUUUACGAUCGUGUGGGCGACGGCGGUGGGGAUCGCCGUGCUCGCCGCGCUCCCGCAGCUUAUCCGGGCGGUGCGCUCGCGGCAGGCUUUUACAGGCCUUUUUGGCGUCUGGGAGGACCUGAGCGGAAGCUGGUACGGGCCUGCGGCGGCGCAGGAGGCGAUACCACCGCGGAGGAGCCGCAAGGUGGCUGCGCUGUUGAGGACGGUGGGGUCUGUGCUGCUGUGGUCGCCCAUGGGUUUCGGCCUUGACCUUGGACAGAUUGUGGUGGUUGUGGGCUACGUCGCGACCGUUCUCGUCUGCAUCACCAUGCAGGCGCCUCUCAUGGACAAUCCCAACCGAGCGGGUUUCCUCGCCAUCGCGCAGCUCCCUGUCGUAUUUUUGUUCGGAACGAAGAACUCGAUCCUGUCUUUGCUGCUCGGUCCGGGGAACGGAUACGAGAAGCUGAACUACGUCCAUCGCUGGGCGGGGCGAGGCGUGUUUCUGGGCGCCGCUAUCCACGGCUCCCUGUGGAUCCGCAAUCAUCUGCAAUACGACCUCCCUAUCCUGGGCCAGCAGAAGGAGACGUCUGGCGUGGCGGCCUUUGCGCUGCUCUGCAUCAUCGUGCUCACGUCGCUGAGGCCCGUCAGGGUAUUUUUUUACCAGUGCUUCUUCAUCGUCCACGUCCUGACCUAUGUCGCCUUCUUCGUGACGUUGUGUUAUCAUACAAUUUAUGCCUCUCCGUGGAUAUACCCUCCGUUGGCCUUCUACGGACUGGACUUGCUCAUGCGCAUGUUCCGUUACCGCAUCAAGGACGCAACGCUAGUACCAGCUGACGACCAGAUGACCCUCAUCCACGUGCGCGACUGCGACGGAGGAUGGAAAGCCGGACAGCACGUCCGCCUCCGCGUCUUCUUCGGCGGGCGCGUCUUCGAGUCGCACCCCCUCACGAUCAUGAACGCCCCCGCCGCGACGUCCUGCACGUCCACACGCACGAUCGCCCUCGGCGCGCGCGUCAAGGGCGACUGGACGCGCGCGCUGAACCGGUACGCUAAGGAGGAGCAGAGCCGCAUCGCCGGCGCGCUGGGCGAGAAGAAGGAGGACGUGGCCGAGAUCCCUGUGCAGGUGAUGCUGGACGGGCCGUACGGGGGCUGCAGCGUCGACUUGGGGAGGUACGAGAGCGUGCUGCUGCUCGCGGGCGGGGCCGGGGCGACGUUCACGCUGAGCUUGCUCGACGACAUCGUCGGGCGGUGCGUGAAGCUCGGGCGCAGAAACGGCGAGCGCACGCGGCGCAUCGAAUUCGCGUGGGCCAUCCGAUCAUUCGGAUGCAUCGAGUGGUUCGCGCCCAUGCUCAUGGAGAUCGCGAGCGCCGCGGCGGGCUCGUCCAUCGACCUACACAUCUCCGUCUUCGUGACCUGCCUCUGCAACCCCGAGGCCGUGCCCCCGAUACCGAACUCGAUGGUGACCGUCGAGAAGCCGUCGAUCCAGACGCUCCUGAAGGAGCUCAUCACACCCCCGGCCGCGCGCGAGGAUGCGGAGUCGAUGAAGGCGGAUCUGCGGUGGGCGGGCGAGGGCGGCGGGGUCGCGGUUUGCGCGAGCGGGCCGGAGAGGAUGACGAGGGAAGCGCAGAACGCGGUGGCGAAGCUAUCCGUGUCACAUGGUAUGCGGAUGGGCGGGAUCGCGCUGCACACGGAGUUGUUUUCUCUGUGAUCAUGAAUGGGUACGAUACUUGUCAAUGUACUAUACGACCACGGUGUACGAAUGGCGAAUGGCGAUUUUUUGCUCGUAA